ACACUUUACCAUCGGACCUUGGAAGCCCUGCAGACACUGCUCAAUGCCCUCUUUGAUGAGGACCCCACUCCUGCUGGGCUGAAGAACAUUUUGGAGGUCCUUGCUCUUGACCCCACAGCCCUGGGGCCCUGGAUGAACUCUGGAAAGGCCCAUGAACGAGCACGGGCUGUGAAAAGCAAUGUCUCUGUGUUGAACCGCACACUUCUGACCCUGACUUUGUUUAUGUCCCCAGGAUUCCUUGCACUGGGGCUUCUGCUGGGGAGGCUCAUCCUUUGCAUUGGGAAUCCUGAUGAGGAGAUUGGCCGGGAGGCUCUGGAUGCCAUCAUCAUCCUCCACACCAUCCUGGAGCUCCAAGAACGAGCCAGAGAUAAGGAAGAGAUCAACAAGAAGGAACUAUAUGAGAGCAACGAGCAUUUCCUGGGGCCCUACAACCCUGUCAGCCCGUGCCAGAACAUUCUGCAUGUGAUCUCGGAAUUUGGAGGUUUCCUAGGGCCCCGGCAGGUCAAGGACCUGCUGCUAGCAGCCCUGGAAGGGCUGAAAGGCGGCUCAGAGGCUCAGGAGACGGAGCGGGAGAUGACGCAGCUGGCCUCAGAGAUCACACUCAGCUCAGUACUGGAGUGGCACCGCCACAGGGCACUGGAGGUGAUCCCAGAAAUCGUGCAGGCCAUCUAUGUGCAGCUGGGCCACAUCCAGGAGCCACGGGCCCGGGAGGUGGCCCUGCUGCUCCUCUCUCUCCUGGCCAGCUCCUUCAUGACCGAGGUCGUCAUGGCCCUGCUCAUGUGCUCUCUCCCACUGGACAGGUCCCAGUUAAGGGGGUUGUCAGCCACUACAUCUCAGAGGGCUGAAGCAGCCCCCACCUGGGCCAGGACAUCCCACCAGCCUCCCCUCUGCCCCCAGGCAGGCAGCGGCCUGUGUGAGCUCCUGUCUGUCAAAAGCUGCAUGGGCCACGUGAGGCGUAUCGCCCCCCCGCUGCUCCUGGCCCUGUUCAUUCAGGUCCAUUACCACAUCAACCUCCGUCUGGCUGGCUGUGUGGCUUCACCCAAGGACGCCAAGAGGGACGCACAGCGCUCUGUCUUCGUACCUGUGCGGGUCUUCCUGGCUCUGGAGAGCCUUAGCGGACUGCUCCCCCUCCCCUAUCCCCGGGCCGUGGUGCACUACUCCUGCCAGGAGCUGUGCCGCCUUCUCUACCUGCUCAUCCCGCUCCUGGAGCGAGGCGACGAGAAGCACAAGAUCACUGCCAACUUCUUCGUGGAGCUCCUCCAGAUGGAGCAGGUGCGUCGGAUCCCUGAGGAGUACUCUCUGGGGCGGAUUGCAGAAGGCCUGAACCACCGCAACCCCAUCCUGAAGGUGCUGUCCAUCCGAGGCCUGGUCAUCCUGGCCCGCAGGACCGAGAAAACCGCCAAGCUGCGGGCACUCCUGCCCUCCGUGGUGAAGGGCCUGAAGUGCGUGGAUGGGCUGCUAAUGGUGGAGGCAGGCCACAACCUCAAGGCCAUCUUCAAAGGGUAGGAACGGAAGCUGAGUGACAGCUCAGUCUAUGUGGAGACGCUGCAGGUCCUGGGGCCACACUUCAGUGAUUCACGGGAGGACGUGCGCUCCUCCUGCAUCAACCUGUAUGGCAAGGUGGUCCACAAGCUGCGGUCCCCCCGUACUCCGGCCAUGGAGGAGCAGCUGAUCAGUGCCUUAGUGCCCCUGUUGCUGACCGUGCAAGGGGGCAGUGCCAAGUGUUCCCAGAGCUGCGUGAAGACCUUGUUCCGCUGUUCUUGCUUCACGGCUUGGAAAUUGCCAAAAAGAGCUUAUAGCCGGAAGCCCUGGGACAACCAGCAGCAAACCGUGGACAAAAUUUGCAAGUACCUUUACGGAGCACAGUGUGGCGGCUGAGCGCUGGCACUUGCGGCUGGUCUAUGCAGACACCAUCAAGGACCUCCUGGCCAACUGUGCCAUUCAGGACGGAGCGUGGAACUAGUGCACCAGGUGGACGAGGAUGAUGCCAUCUACCACGUCAUCAGCCCUGCCCUCGGCGGUGAUGCCAAGCCCCAGGACUUUGUGAUCCUGGCCUCCCGGCGGUAGCCUUGUGACAAUGGGGAUCCCUAUGUCAUUGCACUCAGGUCAGUUACGCUGCCCACUCACCGUGCUACGCCAGAGUAUAGGCGCGGGGAGACCCUCUGCUCAGGCUUCUGCUUCUGGCGCAAGGGGGAGCAGUUGACAAAGGUGUCCUACUACAACCAGGCCACUCCGGGCUUUCUCAACUAUGUGACCACCAACGUGGCUGGCCUCUCCUCCGAGUUCUACAACACAU